AGCCACAACCUUUUAAAACGGUCACAAUAGGUCGUUUGAAUCCCCUGGGGUACCAGAUGGGGGCUCAAUGAGUCAACUUUAUUUAAGUAUAGUUUGAUGCUCAUGUUCCACUAGUUUGUGAUCUGUAGUUUUGUAGUGUAGGACACAAAUGAUAAAGGGUGGCAUUAAAAUAUUACUCCACUAGUAUUUAUACUACAUGUCAUGUUAAUAUAUUUAACAGUAUGUAUAUAAAGUAACUAAAAUUGGGUCCUAUUGCAACAUUUAAAUGGUGUACUAACAUUAAUUAUGCAUGCAUAUUUGUAUUAUGCACUAUUUUGCAUAGUGAGUAAUUUGAGGUAUUUUUGAAAGCUCUGUUUGGACUUCAGUAGUUUACUGAUUUCCUAUAGGCCCACCCUGAUUGUGAGGGAGUCGGGACAGAUGGGGUCCUCAUAAAAUAUAUACAGUUAACUUAUUAAGACUUGACACAUAUGUGGCUCACAGGAGAUCCACUGAAGCCCAAAGACUACCGUCAGAGCAGGAGCUGAAAUUACAGUUAAAAUGAGUGUGGCAAGACUAUAGCUUGCCAUGACAGUGGCAUGCAAAGUAACUGGAGACUGAGAUCUCGUUUAUGGUGGGAACUAUUUUAAACAUAUAGUUAUUUUUGCAACCAUCAUUCCAUUACAGAGAUUAUACCUUGUUGGUUGCAGUGUGCAGCCCAGGUAAAGCAGGUACUUGGGGGACAGCAAGUAAAGUAGUGAUUCACAUACAGUGAAAUGACACAGUUUCACCAGGCAGGGGCAGCAUUUCCUGUUUUAUUUUUUUACUCAGUUACAGUAUGAAGAGUUAUUAUGUAACAUCUGCAUUUAAUAAAUUCACAGUGGAUCACUGAGGAUAAGCGUUAAAGGGGGCAAAGCUACCAAAAACAGUCACCACUCCCAUAUCAACCGUUUCAUUUUGGUAAUCCCAGUUAAAGAACUCGUUUUAAUCUUUAUAUUAAAUUUACAUGAAAAAAAAAUCAUUCGCCGGUGUUUCAUAGACGUCACACAUGUCAGUGUCAAUGUGAACACGUUACUUCUUUUUAUUGCUAUCACUUAUUUUCAAUAUUUUAAGCUAUCUUCAAUCAGGCAUUGCCAGAAACCAACAUCGCACGUAGCAGAAUCCUAUUGGCUGCUAAAAUCACGCACACAAAAACAGCUUUUUUCAUUGGCUCCCAUCCUUCCUCGGCGUUCCGAUUCGUCGCUUCCUCGAAUGGCACUGGAGUGUAAAAUAUCUUCAAAAACUAUCCGAUCACCUUUUUAACUUCUGCACCUUUUUUGUACAUCCUGUGGUUUUUUUAACAUCCAGUCAGCGAUGUCGAAGGGGAGCAGAAGCGGCUUGAAUUAAGGUGUAAAUAAAACACAUACAUAUUUUUGUGUACCCCGCUGUCUCCUCUGCUGGAUAUCUGUGGUCCUCCAGACCUGAAGGACCAGGCCGACCCCAUCGACUUUUCUUCUGCCAAUAUCCUACAGUCUGAGUAAAGGUGUGGCUAACGGAGGGAUGGCUCAGUUCCAGGAAAUGAUGCGGCAGCAGCUGGAGAGCUCCAUGCACGAUGAGCUGGAGAAGCUGCUGGACACCACCACAGGGGCUGAGCGAGAGGUAUCCAAGAAAGACUUCGAGGGCUUCAAGAAUCUCUUCCAUAGAUUUCUGCAGGUGAAGGGACCAUCAGUGGAGUGGAUCAAGAUACAGCGACCUCCAGAAGACUCUAUUCAGCCGUACGAUAAGAUUGCCGCUCGAGGCCUGCCAGACAAUGUGGCCAACAGCUUGAACAAACUGGUGGUGGUGAAGCUGAAUGGAGGCCUGGGUACCAGCAUGGGAUGUAAGGGCCCCAAGAGCCUGAUCAGUGUCCGUAACGAGAACACCUUCCUGGACCUCACUGUGCAGCAGAUAGAGCACCUGAACAAGACUUACAACACAGACGUCCCCCUGGUCCUCAUGAACUCUUUCAACACAGAUGAAGACACAAAGAAAAUCCUGCAGAAGUACACACACCACCGGGUCAAGAUACACACCUUUAACCAAAGCAGGUACCCUCGCGUCAACAAAGAGUCUCUCCUUCCCGUGUCCACAAACUUGAGCAUGAACGGGCAAAACGCAGAGGGUUGGUACCCUCCCGGUCACGGCGACAUUUACGCCAGCUUCUACAACUCGGGUCUGUUGGAUCAGCUGAUUGAGCAGGGCAAAGAGUACAUCUUCGUGUCCAACAUCGACAAUCUGGGAGCCACCGUCGACCUCCACAUCCUGCACCACCUGGUCAGCCAGCCUAACGGCAAACGCUGCGAGUUCGUCAUGGAGGUGACAGAUAAGACCCGCGCUGACGUGAAGGGAGGCACGCUGAUCCAGUAUGAAGGGAAGCUGCGCCUGUUGGAGAUCGCCCAGGUGCCCAAAGCGCACGUGGACGAAUUCAAAUCAGUUUCAAAGUUCAAAAUCUUCAACACCAACAACCUGUGGAUCUCUCUACCUGCUAUCAAGAGGCUGCAGGAGCAGAAUGCAAUGGACAUGGAGAUCAUAGUCAACCCCAAGACGCUCGACGGCGGGCAGAACGUCAUCCAGCUGGAGACUGCGGUGGGUGCGGCCAUCAAAUGCUUUGACAAUGCCCUGGGAAUAAACGUUCCCCGCAGCCGCUUCCUGCCGGUCAAGACUACGUCGGACCUGCUCCUGGUCAUGUCCAACCUGUACAGCCUGGAGGCCGGCUCGCUCACCAUGAGCCCCAAGAGAGAGUUCCCGACAACGCCGCACGUCAAACUGGGCAGCUCCUUCACCAAGGUUCAGGAAUACUUGAUCCGCUUCGAGAGCAUUCCCGACAUGCUGGAGCUCGACCAUCUGACGGUGUCCGGAGACGUCACCUUUGGGAAAAACGUGUCGCUUAAGGGCACCGUCAUCAUCAUCGCCAACCACGGAGAUCGGAUCGAUAUUCCGGCCGGCUCCAUGCUGGAAAACAAAAUCGUAUCCGGCAACCUCCGCAUCCUGGACCACUGAGGCCUUCUUCACCCUCAUCUUGUGACGUAGUCCCACGUAAUCCCUGUCAUGUGACCCAUUUGACAUGUUGACCCGACACCAAAAGAUUGUGAGAGGAUAUGACUUUUUCCCCUGGAGGCUGAGUGUGAUUGCAUGUGCAGUGCUACCCUGCAGUCUCAGCAUUAAGAAGCAGUUCGCCUGCUUUGAUGGUUGGAAGUAGCUGGGAUAUACUACCCUCUGCAGGCUGUUCAUCACAUAACCUUAAAAAGUAUUACUAAUGAACUAGUCUUAGCGAUCACUUUAAACACUUUUAUCCAGAUUAGAGAGGAAACUACUCACCGUUUGUUUUCUUUUUCUACUAUAUUGAUUUUGACUUCAGUUGGCCAGAAAAUAAAAAAUAAUAUAUUCUAAACAGGUAGGGAUAAUAUACUGAUAUACUCACAUAUUAUUAGGGACACUAGUGGGAGUACAGUUUGGAGAACAAAUUAGAUUUUGGGUUUUUUGCACUGCUAAUGCAAUCACAAAGAUUGUAAUGCAAACCCAGCACAGGGUCCUGAUUUAUCACUGAAUUCAACAAUACAACAGGAAAAGAUGUCUAGCAGUGCAGAAAGGACUUACUGGUAAAUCAGAUUUAUUAUAAACCAAAGUGGAAAUGCAGCUCUUAGCACUGGUUUGGCGUGUCAGCAGUUUAUUCCACAAACUUGCCCUCAGUCUACCCUCAAAUGUAGCAGGUAACGGAGACAAAGUGGAUACAAGCACCAAAAACGUUUGGAUAGAGAAGUCAGUUGAAUUCUCAACUUCACAGCUUAAAAGCUUCUUCAGAACUUGUCUCAUUUCUAACAAAAAUAUUUUAUAAUUGAAACAUUACAACACUGGUGUUUAUGAUAGUAUACAAACACUGAGGGUACUUUUAAGGUUUUCUGAUAUUUUAUAGAGAGAGAAAAAGAUUCUCUGCAUUCAUUUUCCAACAGAAACAGAACAUUUGGUCUGAUUUAGCGACUCUUAUGCGUCCAAAUUACCAGCACCAUUAAAGAAAAGGUACUGUGGUUUAUACAGCUGUGUCUGAACAUUUAACUGUCUGCCUGCAUUCAUCCAGUGAGAAUGAAUUUACACUUCAUGUAUUUUACAACAGUGAAAGCUCCUUUUACCCUCGGUGCACACCCAUCCUGUCCAUCCUGCAACCUUGCGCUCCUGUUAGUAAAUUAUUCUGAAUCAAAAGUUUAUAAAUGACACAAAGAAGACUUCUAAAUAGGUAGGGAUCUAGGCUCAGUGGACUCGGUGUAAUUUGACACUAAGAUCAUUUAAAAUCGUCAAGUCUAGAUGACUUCAUCUGGCAGGCCUUUUGAAAAUGAGCUUUUAAAUGGAUAAUUGACUUUACCACAAAAGACUUUGGUACUUGUAUCCACUUGUGUAACGUGUCCCAGGAGUACAAAUUUGUCUGCUGCACUACGAGGAUGGACCGACCUCUGUAGUACCAUCUGCUCAGCUGUGACGCCGCAGAGAGUGCUGAGAGCAUUGUUAAUGGAGGCGAAGCUGCUCUGCUGCAGAAACUGAAUGAUAUAAUUUCUAAAUAACGCCUUUAUGCCUCAUGUUCAGUAAAAAACCCCAAAAAGAAACCGUAUAAAGCUUUUUCAUCUCGGCACAUUUUUUGUCCAGAAUGCUCUGAGAUUGUCUGAUGUUAUCGGAUCAACUGAUUGAAACGAUCAGUAACAUCAAUAUAACCAGCUCUCCAGUUUAUAUAGUAUUGAUGUAGCUGGCACAGACUUCUCACUGACUUUAACUGCAUUACCAACCACAAGUCAGUCUUUGCAUGUGUGUAAAAACACUCAAUAGAAUGACUGGAAACAUGAGAAUAAAUGGCAAAGGCGACGGAUCGUUACGCAUGUGGCUCAAGUGAAGCUUGGCUUUCAUUAGUUUCAGGUUUCACUAGUGUCAUAUCACCGUACCCUCUCAGUUUAUUGGCUUCAAAGGAUGAAGACCCAAAGAUAUCACAUUUCGAGCUGCGUUCAGAUGGAAAUGUGACUUUUAUGUCUCUCCUGCUGAUUUUUCACUAUGAGCCGCAUCUAAAACGCGUGAGUCGUCAUUAGAUCUGUUGUUUGCAUGAAGCUUAAACAGCUGAAUUAGUGGAGCCCCGAAGCCCGCAGCGACGUCUCUGCUGAGAAAUAAUUGGGUAAUUUUCUUCAGAAAUAUGAAAACUGUGACAGAACAUACUUCCACUGCAUAGAGUCACAUCUCUAGUUUUUGGCUCACCCGAGCUUCUGACGCCUGUUCUCGUUCAUGAUGAAUGUGAGGAUCCAGGUACCAAUACUGCGAUAUGAGAUUUUCUGGGACGGGAUGUAAUUUUAAAGCGAAGGCCUUUAUUCGUCUCUGUGUGGAGUAGCUGACGAGAACAUCACAUUGUUGUGUAUUAUUUUUUUCCUUUGUAUCCGGUUUGUUUUCACCUUCAUGUCGUGUGAAACCUCAGCGUUUCUCCUGUUUCUCUGCCCAUCCCAUCACUCAGCAUUAUUCCUUCAAAGACACGAGGUGCGUGUUUUCUGCAGUGUUGGGGCACACACACAUACACAUAUACAUAUACAUAUGUACAUGUACACAAAGUUUCAAUGUGAGUAUACUCACAUGUGAGUCCGACCCAUGCGGACCGAGAGCCCGAAAGCAAUAAGUGUUGAUCUGUGACAGCGACGAGGUCUCAGCCCAGACCGCUUCUGCCUCCUCAGAGGUGAAUAAAGUGCAAUAUGAAAUACCGAA